UGUACCUUUUUAUUCGUCCGUUUGCCGGGCACAGCCCUUAAAAUGUUGUAACUGGCUCUGUUCGUAUCCACCGACUUUCUGAUCCAUAUAGUAUGAUCUUUGUUCCACUCGUUUUUAGCCUAUACAGGUGAUCUUUGAUCACUGAUGCGAAAAACGAGCGGGGUCGCCUUUUUUGUAACGCUUGCACUUCUUACCUUAGUCCUUAGUUCUCAGUUGCGUUUUGUAUAUUGAGUAUUACUCGUCUGUAGUUCGUUUGUGGUUGAUUUGAAUCUCGGUAGUAUUCAGUUGUAUCUCGAGUAAUUAGUUAAAUUUGAAUUUAUAUAGUUUAGAUUGUUAAAGUGUGUGUGGAGGUGUUUUGGUUCCUAAUUUUUGACCUAAAAUGGUUUCAAGCAAAAUGAUGAACGUCAGGGUGACGACUAUGGAUGCGGAGCUGGAAUUCGCCAUCCAGCAGUCUACGUCCGGAAAACAACUCUUCGACCAGGUAGUUAAGACUAUUGGUCUUCGGGAAGUAUGGUUCUUCGGACUCCAGUAUACAGAUUCCAAGGGCGAUCUCACCUGGGUGAAGUUAUACAGAAAGGUAAUGGCUCAAGAUGUGAAGAAAGAAAACCCGCUCCAAUUCAAGUUCCGUGCCAAAUUCUACCCUGAAGAUGUGGCUGAAGAGCUAAUUCAGGAUAUUACUUUGCGGCUGUUCUACCUCCAAGUUAAGAAUGGCAUUCUAUCAGAUGAAAUUUACUGCCCUCCAGAGACUUCAGUGUUAUUGGCUUCUUAUGCUGUCCAGGCCAGACAUGGCGAUUACAUCAAGUCGAAUCAUUCGCCUGGAUUUUUGACCAACGACCGGCUUUUGCCUCAACGAGUUAUGGACCAACACAAAAUGUCAAAAGAUGAAUGGGAAAACAGUAUAAUGACCUGGUGGAAAGAACACAGGGGAAUGAUGCGGGAAGACGCAAUGAUGGAGUACCUUAAAAUUGCUCAAGAUCUGGAAAUGUACGGAGUGAACUAUUUCGAAAUCCGUAACAAAAAAGGUACCGAAUUGUAUUUGGGAGUCGAUGCGUUGGGUCUCAAUAUUUAUGAAAAAGAUGACCAGCUUACUCCCAAGAUUGGAUUCCCCUGGUCAGAAAUCAGAAAUAUCUCGUUCAACGACCGCAAGUUCAUAAUUAAACCCAUCGACAAGAAAGCCCCAGAUUUCGUUUUCUUUGCUCCACGAGUUCGGAUUAACAAACGAAUUUUGGCCCUUUGCAUGGGAAAUCACGAGCUCUAUAUGCGUAGAAGGAAACCAGACACAAUAGAUGUUCAGCAAAUGAAAGCCCAAGCUAGGGACGAAAAGCUUGCGAAACAAGCACAAAGAGAAAAGUUGCAAUAUGAGAUUGCUGCAAGAGAAAGGGCUGAAAAGAAACAACAGGAGUAUGAAGAUAGGAUUAAAGCCAUGCAGGAAGAAAUGGAACGCAACCAUGCUAGCCUAUUAGAAGCCCAGGAAAUGAUUCGAAAAUUAGAAGAACAACUUAAGCUGCUUCAGGCCGCAAAGGAAGAGCUGGAGCAACAACAAAAUGAGCUGCAACAGAUGAUGCAACGUCUGGAAGAAAGCAAGAACAUGGAAGCAGCCGAACGUCAGAAAUUGGAGGACGAGAUCAACGCCAAACAGGCUGAAGUUCAGCGAAUCAGAGAAGAGGUUGAAGCUAAGGACUUCGAGACCAAACGUCUUCAAGAAGAGGUCGAGUCGGCUCGUCGCAAAGAAGACGAACUGAAGCAGCAACAAAUGGCUAAUGCUACCAAAGGCCACUUGGAGGAAAAUAAUCAUGAUGAAGAUGAUGAACUUGUCAACGGUGAUGUCAGCAAGGAUCUGAAUACUGACGAGAACAUUGUAGAUCCAAUUGAAGACAGGCGUACGCUUGCUGAGCGCAACGAGCGUUUGCAAGAUCAAUUACAGGCUUUGAAAAAGGACCUGGCCCAAUCUCGAGAUGAGACAAAAGAAACUGCCAUGGACAAGAUCCACAGGGAGAACGUUCGACAAGGACGUGACAAAUAUAAAACACUUCGUGAAAUUCGCAAAGGCAACACUAAGCGUCGCGUUGACCAAUUCGAAAAUAUGUAAAUGAAAUCGAACAUUUCUUGAUUUAGUUUAAGCUUUAAAAGUAUGCGACUACUUCAAGAGAAACUUCUUUAUGCUGUUAUGAGAAAAACGUUUAACAAUACUUAACUAUUAUAUUAUUGAAAUAGCUGCUACUUUUGAAAUUAUACAGAACUUUUGCAGCUAUGGGUUCUUUUAGUUUUUCUUCUCAGUUAAGUAUUUUCGCAUUUUUCUUCGCGUUCUUCAAAUUUCAAUGGCAACAAUGUGAAUCAAAAUUUUGCUCAAAAUUAGGCAUGUAGUUGCUUAAUUUUUCAUAUUCUUAUCACAAUAUCUUUGGAUAGGUAUCAAGAUGUUAUCGACCAAUGGUAAGAGAUUCUUACAGCACGUAAAUUCUGCAAUACAAAUAUCACCAUAACGAGGAUUAGGAAAAUCUUGUACUAUUUUACAAUCGGUAUUUCAUCCUUGUUGCCUAUCUGUCGAGCGGCAUUUUACCUAGCGAGUAAUGAGCUUUUCGAAUUAAUCAAUGGCCUUAUAUUACGAACAGAAUAUUUUACAUUUUCAUAUAUUUUAUACGACGUUUUCAUAUUGUGAUAAUCUACAACUUUCGCAAAUUCACUUAGAUCUGCGCUACCGUUUAUUGUUCUCUCUUUAAAAACGUGUAUUUCUGUUUUACUUGUUAAUAUGAACGCAUUCCAUUCGAUGGUAGUUUUCAUUUUAAGUUAGUGCCAUUUGGUAAAAGGGCGUUGAAACUAAUCCAAUAGCAUUUCUAUAGUAUAUACAUUUUGUCUUAGAUUGCGGACACAAUUUCCCAACGUAUUUAUUAUUCUUUCUGGCAGUAUUUUGAAAGGGUAUAUUUAUUAUUAAAAAUUUACUCCUUGGAUUUAAUGUUAAUCCAUUUUAUUAGACAUUACACAUUUCUAAACUUCUUUUAGAAAUGAUGUGUAAUGAUAGAUUCUUUAAACUAUUAAUUUUAGAUCUGUUAUAAGAGACAGUUUUUCAGAAAAAAAUGUUUGAUUUUUCAAAAAUAUUACUUUUUAAUAAAUAUUUUUUAUUUGCAAAUCGCACCGCGCGCUUUCAGAUCAUUAAAUACAGUACAUGUUUAUAUUAUAUUACAAAAUGUAAAUAAAAUGACAAAUUAGUAACAUAUUUUUCUAAACAGUUUCAUAUUUUUAUUUUACGAAGGCAUUAAAUAAUUUUUUUAGAUAGUUCUCUUCCGCGUUUUUUUUUGCAAUGUUAAGGUAUUUUUUAUUCAGUUCUUAUGAAUGAAAUAAUAUUACUAAGUUAACGGAUAGAUUUCAGUUCAAUUUUGAAACGUCUUAUUUUCGGCGAAUAUCUUUUUUUCGAUAAUUUAAUUUCUGAAUAUUUUGAAAAUUAUAUUCUUUAUUAUUUCGGGUAGUUUAAAUGCAAUUUACUUAUUCAUUUAUAUACUAUAGGUUUAUCAAUAAACACUUUUAUUAGUA